CGGAACCUCACCCAGUUGGGACGGCCCUGGAGGCCUGGACCAAGCUCCGCGCGCGUGCCCUUCAGCUGUAAGUGGGUCGCAGAUGAGGUCACUUUGAAAAUCCAUGUUUGCCAUUAGGGUUGCUAGGUGGGGAGGUGGAAGCAGUCGCGCAUGUCGGCCAGACAUCCGGGAAGGGCCCCAUCCAGUCCGAGCUGCGGUCGGCACAUACAACAACUGCAUCAUAGGGUGGGUGUAGGCUUUAAUUAAAGGGUGGCGGGAGGGAAGGGGGGCGUCGGGAGCUCGGACAGCCCCGACCCGGCGUGUUGGAGAGGAAAGGGCACGUCAAUGCCCCACAGCUUAUUUCUUUGGACAACUGGCAAGGAAUUUACAACUUAACAUGUUAGCAGCGUAAAUAGUACGUUCUAUGCCACUGGCACAAGCUAGCCUGCAAGCAAUAACAGCCGAGCUUGCACUUCGCCCUCGCUGAGCCCGAGACUUAACUCAAAUGACCAUACCCGUGUGGCUUGACUGCGACCCAGGACACGACGACGCGACGGCUAUCCUGCUUGCAGGCCAUACCCCCGGCCUCCGGCUGUUAGGUGUCAGCACCAUUGGCGGCAACCAGACACUGGCCAAGGUGACCAAGAAUGCGUUGGAUGUUUUGGACGCCAUCGGGCUCAGUCACAUAGACGUGGUGGCGGGUCAGCCGCGGCCGCUGAUGCGGAGCCCCAUGCUUUGCCCCGAGAUACACGGGGACAGCGGCCUGGACGGCCCCGCGGGGGGCAGGCUGCUGCCGCGCAGUGGGAGGCAGCCGCGGCCGGGCAAGGCCGUGAAUGUGAUGUUUGAAGCCAUAGCCGCCGCGCACGCCGAGCUCGCCAAGGAGCACGAGGCGCGGGCCGCGGGCGGCGAGUGCGGCGGCGGCACGGGGGAGGCGGAGUGCCCGCGCGUGCGGCUGGUGUGCACGGGCGCGCUGACCAACGCGGCGCUGCUGCUGGCGCUGUACCCGGAGGCGGCGCAGUGGGUGGAGCUGGUGCUCAUGGGCGGAGCCAUGGGCGUGGGCAACACGGGGCCUGUGAUGGAGUUCAACAUCCAGACCGACCCUGAGGCUGCCAACAUGGUGUUUGAGAGCGGCGUGCCGCUGACCAUGGUGCCUCUCGAGGUGACACACACCGUGCUCGCCACGCCCGGAGUGCUCGCCGACAUCGGGGGUGCCGGCAGCAGCACCAGUGACAGCAGUAUUACCAGCGGCAAGGGCACCUGCAACGGCACCAGUCCACAGGGGACAACUGAUCCUGCGGCGCCAGCAGCGGCACCCUCCUCCUCCUCACCAGACCCGGCCUCAGCCGCGGCUGCUGCCACUGCCGCUACUGCCACAGCGUCGCUGCGCGGCGCCGCCAGCACCGCCGCCCUGGCGGCGGCGGGCGGCGGCGCCGCCGCGGUGGCGGCGGCACUGGCGGCUACUGCCUCCAGCCCCUUCCGCCACGCGAUCCAGGAGCUACUCCUGUUUUUCGCCGACACCUACAAGCGCGUGUUCAAAUUCGACGACCCGCCCCUGCAUGACCCUGUGGCGGUGGCCUACGUCAUCGCGCCGCAGCUGUUCGAGUGCCGCCGCAUGCGGGUGGACGUGGAGACGUGCUCGCCGCUGUCGGCGGGGCAGACGGUGUGUGAUAUGUGGGGCCAGAGCCCGCUGCCCGCCAACGCCAACGUGGCGCUGUCCGUGGACGUGCCCGCCUUCUGGCAGCUCCUGCUGCAGGCUGUAGCACGAGCCGACGCCGUCUCGCCCCUGAACCGCGGCCACGAGCGGCUGUAGCAGCGCUGUGGCUGUAGCAGCGCUGUGGCUGUAGCAGUGCUGCUGCAGCGGGAGCAGUGGGAGCCGCAAUGAGGGGGGUUUGGUGGUGGGUGAUAGUAGCGGGUGGCAGCAGCGGCGUUGGCGGCCGGGGGACAGCAGUGGCAGGUGGGACAGCAGACAGCAGAGCGCAUGAGUGCGGAAACGCCGAUAGAGGUACGUGACCAGAUUCAUUGACCUGAGGAGCUCCGAUGCAGAAUAUGAAUGGGGCGGAAGGCAGCGGAGCAGGCUUUAGCGUGCGUGUGCGGCUUUGGACGCAGUUGGUGCAUGGCGAAGCGUGACUGUGCGGAGUCCCAGCCUCCCGGACCGUUGCAGGACUGUUGCAGGAGCGGAGGCGGGAGGACUGCGCGCGUAAGUAGGGUGUGUCGAUUAUUUCGCUUGAGCAAGAUGGCGAGCCGCUUGAGCAGAUAGAGGGGGGGUUCAAGUUUGAAGGCACCGGCGAGAAGCGUUGACGAGACCAGGGAUGGUCAGGGCCAGGGUCAGCGUGAAGGCGGGCGGACACGAUCGGCCACCUAGACGGCUAGAGCAGUCUUGAAACACAGAGGCAUUUCUAUUGCAUAAUAAGUUGCUUAUUAAUGUGGCCCAGCA